AUGGUGAUCAUCGGUGGCGCACCAGCCAUAUACAAGUCCAAGUACCAAGGCACAGUGGAUCUAAGCUCUGCUGAGGCCGAGUACAUGGCUUUAAGCCUGUGUACACAGGAAGUGUUGUGGGUUCGUGCGCUGCUCAAGGAUUUAGGUCACGAGCAAGUGGGAGCAACUUAA